UUACUUUUAUUUACUAUACUGGAGAAUCCCCUUAUUUGAUUAUUCACUGAUUUGAGAAGAAAAAACGAGUUACCAUGAAACGUACGCACCCCACGGAAUAAAACACUACCAAAACAAAAAACCGACGCCAUUUAAAAUGUGGAAUGUGGAUCUAAUGCUGACCUUGAAUUAGGCAUAAAAUACUGAAAUGUAAUCAAUCAAAACUUGCCACAAUUUUAUCAAUAAUUCUUAUUCUACUCUCAACCACCAGCACCUAAUUUUAUAAUGAUAAUGAAGUCAAUUUUGAUAACAGGUUGUAAUAGAGGUCUUGGGUUAGGUCUCGUGAAAUGUUUGGUGAAAGAAAAAAAUCCCCCAAAAAGUAUUAUAGCAACCUGCCGAGACUUGAAUAAGGCACAGGCAAGAUUAGGAAAUAAUUCAGGAGGUACGAAGAUUGCAAAUUUGUUUCAGGAACUUCAGGGAAUUGCAGAAUCAAAUAACAAUGUCCACAUACUGCAACUAGAUGUUGAAGAUACAGAAACCUUCGACGAAUUUGCAAGAAAUGUCCAAGAAAUUGUGAAAGACAAUGGCUUGAACGUUUUGUUCAACAAUGCUGGAUAUUCUCCAAAGUCAACACGAAUCAAUAUGGUGAAAGCUCAACAGAUGAUUGAUACUUUUAGAAUAAAUACGGUGGGUCCGAUUAUGCUUACAAAGGCUCUUCUACCAGCUUUAAAAAAAGCUUCAGAAGUCAAUUGUAAUCAUCCACUAGGCAGCAGCAGAUCAGCUGUCAUCAACAUGUCAACGAUAUUGGGAUCAAUUAGUAAAAAUUGUGAAGGUGGAUUGUACCCUUAUAGGUGUUCUAAAGCUGCACUAAACAUCGCUACAAAAUCUCUCAGUAUCGAUCUGAAAAAAGAUGGGAUACUGGUAACGUGCGUUCAUCCCGGAUGGGUGAAAACCGAUAUGGGUGGAUCCCAUGCUCCCAUAGACGUAGAAUCCAGUGCCAAAGGUCUGGUCACCCUUAUGACGUCAUUAUCUGAAAAGCACAAUGGGGAGUUCUACACCUGGGAAGGCAAAGCUCUUCCCUGGUAAUGAGUCGCCAAAUGAUUAUGUUAUUGCUGUGUAAGAUUAUAUUUUGUAUAAAUAUUAUACAGGGUUUUUACAACCACUUAUGUUUCAAUAUCCAUAAGUCAAAAUAAUAAGCAGCAAAUCAAUAUAAUAUUUCAAUGGUUACUAGGAAUAAUAGGAGCAUUUAUGGAGGCCCUGUAUAAUUAAGUGUAUACUUUUGUAUUCCUUUAUUUCUAGACAUAAAGCAUUAUUAGAACUUGAAAUAUCUAAUGGGCGUGUAUAUAUAUAUAUAUAUAUA